AUGUCUUCGCUAGACCCGCCGACGUACCUCACCUCUAUCCAGAACAACAUCCGCGCCCGGCCUAUAUCAUGGGAAGGAGCUGUACGAGCUAAGACCAUCACCGACGAAGACCUCAAGAAGAUCAAGUCAAUCGAUAAAGUGCGCAAGGAACAGAGGAAGCAGACCAUCGAGUCAGAUGUGGAUAGCUUCGUGACACUGCUAGUGGGCGGAAAUGGGUCGCAGAGCAUCUUCGAGGCAGCUGCGAAGCGCCAAGACAUCAUUCACUACAUGCUGGUCUUGCUGGGAGACAUGAUUGAUGUUCCAGACAUACCCGCCCUUACAUCAGCCCUCGUCCAGCACCCAGCGCCCUACAAGCCUUUCCUACCACUCUUGAAGGCUUCAUCCAACAACGAAGACCCCGUACCGCUCCUGACGUCUUCCGUCCUAUCCGGCCUUCUGUCUAAUGCUGUCACAACAUCUGCCAAGAACACCCCCCAGCUCGAUGAGGCCUUAGCGCAGCUCUUCACCUACCUCUCUACACUCGCAAAAGCAUCCGACGCCGGUCUGCAGGACAUUGCUGUACGGGAAUACUCGGCCGUAUUGCGCAGUACUAAGUCUAGGCGCAUAUUCUGGAAGCAAAGGAAGGAGACACUUAGCCCUCUGUUUGAUAUCCUGAGAGCUGCGGCCGGGUCUGCCAAAGACACGGACUCGACCCUGUACAGUGGUGGUGCCAGUAUUCGCAGUACAACGGAUGGUGGUAUUGCUGGUGGUGUUGGCCUCCAGCUUCUAUACCAUGUAUUGCUCGUCAUCUGGCAGCUCAGCUUUGAGGGCGAACUUGUGGGCGAAGGACUUCAGGAGGAACACGACAUCGUCAUCCUAUACACGCAACUCCUCAAGGUCUCGCCUAAAGAAAAGACCACUCGUCUCCUCCUUUCCACCCUCGUAAACCUCUUGACCACGAACCGCAACACGCUACUUCCAACGGCCGUACUCGCGCGUCUACCUGCUCUCCUCUCGAGUUUGAAGUCACGACAUCUGACCGACGAGGAUGCUCUUGAAGACCUACAGGCCCUGACCGAUCUCCUCGAGGAGUACACCAAGACACAAACUACCUUUGACGAGUAUGCUGCUGAGCUGCAGUCGGGCCACCUUCGCUGGUCACCGCCGCACCGUAACGCUACGUUCUGGAAAGAGAAUGCGCGUCGCAUCUUAGAAGACAACAAGGGUGAACUACCCCGAAAGCUUGCGGAGAUUCUAUCUAAGAGCUGGGACAACGAUAAGCAGGUAUUGGCUAUUGGCUGCAACGACGUAGCAUGUUUGGUCAAGGAAGUGCCAGAAAAGCGACAACAGCUUGAGAAGUUGGGGCUGAAGGGCAGAGUUAUGGAGCUGAUGCAAGAGGCAGAUGAGAGCGUACGGUGGGAGAGCUUGAGAGCUGUUGGCGAAUGGAUGCGGUACAGCUUUGAAUCGAAGACCGAGCUGCCACUCAGGUAA